AUGAGGCGACUCUUUAUUCUAUACCGCCGUGGGGGACUGCGACUGCCGAAGGACGAGGGGAUCAGCCCGGGGCUCCACGGCUUCACGGACUAUGGCGGGUCCAUCUCAGCCUUCACUGCUCCCCAAAGCCAAAAACAAGGAGUAGGAGGCGUAGAAACAGCAUCGCCACUCCCCUGCGAGGUACACGGGACUAAUGUUGAAGCCGUCAAGGCACAACAUAUGGCAAACAUCGCCCUUAGUGGUAAACUGCCGUCCCCGCGUGAUGUACAGAAGGGUGGUAUGGGCAUAUCAUCAUCAUCAUUAGCAUCAGGGUCACCGAUAUCUACUGAUAAGGCUAGUGCUAGUGCUACUGCUAAGGGUGUGGGUACUGAGAAUAUGGUGACAAGGAAUGCAUCAUCAUCUCUCCCACGGAAACUGCCCACACCGUCAAAGGGAUUGCCUACUAAAACCACCACCACCACCACCACCACCACAACAACAACAACAACAGCUACUAGUGAUAAUAGUGGUUCUGUUUCAAAGAUGAACAAGGAGUCAGCUGCAAGUGAUGUGAACACGAAGGAGCAACUACGUGCAAAAGAGGCAGAAGACUAUUACAGUGCUAUCCCACGCAAUGCAAUUUCUAAAGAGGAAAUGUGGAAGCGCAUCAGAUCUGCUACUACAGAUAAAGCAGAACGUGUAUCUUCAGCUCUUCAGCCCUCUGAAGUGGAUUAUUUAAAAAUGGAGGAUGAACUAAAAGAACAUGACCUAUUUCAUUAUCGUAUGGGUGAGAUUGCUUACCCAGAAACUACAACACGUCAAAACUAUUAUGCCAUGUGGCAACUUGCUAUGUCUCUUAAUAAAGCUCGCUGGACGAUGUUGGAUGUUCAUUCACAGCGUGGUGUUAAGACUACAGGGGCUGGUAUGAAGUUAUUAUUUUGGAAAGAAUCUAUAAAUCAAAUUAUGGAAAAACGACAAAUGUCUGCAGGUCAGUUUACUGAUUCUCAUCCAGUUUUAAGACCUUUCGCAGCCGUUGUAGAACAAAAUCCUCAAAUGACCAAAGCGUUUGUACGAGGAUUUACAGAUGCUAGGUUGCGUGUUGUUCAACAACCAGGAAAUGUUAAACAACUUUUUGAUCAUUUUGAUCGAUAUUACGGUUAUUUUUUUAAUUCACUUUUAGAGAUUACUAAUGUUAAGGACGAAAAUGCGGAACAUAUGUUGCAACAUAUUGGUAGAGCUAUUGGUCUUACACAGCAUUGUGUUAUGUUUUGGAAAAAAUAUGCCCGUAUUGGAUUUACAAUGCUUCCUGCUGAUCUUUGUGCUGAUAACCAUGUAAACAUAGCAUUACUCAAAAAUAUUUCAUUGGCUUCAAGAGAUAGGGCAGUACGUAAACUUCUGUAUGAUGUUAUGUGCAUAGUUAAGACUGAAAUGCUGCAUGCAGAACAGUUAGCACCACAUUGCCCUCCAACCGCUUGGCCUAUUGUGAUGGAAUGCACAUAUGCGAAUUACUAUCUUGGUUUCUUACAACGCCGUGAUUUCAACGUAAGUGCGAUGUUCGCAGAUCACAAUAUAGAAAACGCUGGUUUCGUGUGGUAUCGCCUUAAAAAACGCUGGGAGUGGGAAAAGCAUCAAAGCAUUAAACGUCUCAUUUCAGAGGAAGCACCGCUACCUUUUAUUGGAGUAUCAUUGGGGAGUCGGGGUUCGAACUACAAAAUGGCAUCUGGUAUCGGCCGAACUCAUUAG